AUGCCUGCCAAUGAGGCGUGGAACUGGAGCAGCCCCGAUACCCAAUUCGAGUUUUUCGCUGAUGAGAAUGACCAAAACGACGUUGCCCUGGUCGCUAUUGAGUUAGCCACGGACGAGCCACUACCUUACCCCACAAUCAUGCCCGACAUCAAUAAUGUGGUUUUGGGGGACUGGUCACACGGCACAAUUUUUUUCAGCAUCUUUUUCCGAUCAGGUGAUGGUGAUGAAGAAGAGGGAGAAGAAAUGUUCCCUCAUUACGUUGAUUUUAAGAGCUCGUCGGUGGAGUUGGGAGGCACAUUACACCACCAAGCGAAGACUGAGGAGGGGGACUCGGGAGGCAUGUUGUAUUGUUAUGCUGAUGAUCCUGAAAAAUUAGUUCCAGCCUGUGUUAUAACGGUGCAGUGGAUUGGCGUGGACCAUAGUCACACUUACAGUGUGAAACAAGUUGGUGCAUUGCAGACGCUCUGGAAGAUGACCAGGCAAACCCUCGACGAGCGGAACUCAUGCAUGCUGUACUGCGGAACCAAGUUUGCUUCAAGUGACCAACGCCCUCAGCCUCCUGCGCCAAUGCGCCACCCGGAACAACCAUAUUAUAUGGCGCUGAGCAGGCUCGAAUUCAUUUGUGAUUUUUUCUCGGAUGUACUGGCCACAUUGUACCGUAUUCUCUGGAGCAAUCCUGCCAAACGACAGGAUACAUCAAUGCUGGCAACUGUGACCAUCCUCAGAUCAAGUUGGGUGUUGUCAGCGGUAGCCAUAGACGAAAUUCCCCUUUUCAACAGCGUUGAGGUUGAUGCAGCAGUUUAUAGUCUACCGUGUUUGUUCCACAUACCGCGUUAG